AUUAACCCAUCCACCACACAAACCCACCCUCCAAAUACACCUUAACCUCAUUCCCCAGGGGCAGAAGCAAAAAGAAAAUAAUCAAAAUGCCCACCCUCCAAACCAGCACCCUCGCCUUCCUCGGCGGCGGCAACAUGGCCUCGGCCAUAAUCUCCGGGCUACUACGCCAAUCCGUCCCCGCGAGCAACAUCCACGUCUCCGAGCCAUGGGAAGUCAACCGGAACAAGAUCGCCGCGCUGGGCGUGAACGUCACGACAUCCAACACCGAGGCGGCGUCCUCCGCUGACGUCGUCAUCCUGGCCGUGAAGCCGCAAGUCGCGAAGACGGUGUGCGAGGAACUCCGUCAGGAAUGGACGGCUACGGCGAGGGCGAAGUUCCCGAUUGUGGUGAGCAUUGCGGCGGGGAUUACGUUGGAGAGUUUGCAGAAGUGGUUGAGUGUUGAGGGUGGGAAGGUGGCGCCGGUGGUCAGGGUUAUGCCGAAUACCCCGGCGUUGGUGACGGAGGGGGCGAGUGGUGCGUUUGCUGGAGUGGAGGUUGGCAAGGAGGAUAAGGGGUUGGUGGAGGCGUUGUUGGGCAGUGUUAGUAGGGUUACGGAGUGGGUGGAUAGGGAGGAGUUGUUGGAUGUGGUUACGGGGUUGUCAGGAUCCGGUCCCGCGUAUUUCUUCGCUAUGGUUGAGCAUCUGGUUGCUAGUGCGACGGCUCUGGGCUUGACUAAGGAGCAGGCUACGAGGCUGGCGGCGCAGACUUGUCUCGGUGCUGGAAAGAUGCUGGUUGAGUCAGAUGAUGAGCCUGCUCAGCUGAGGAAGAAUGUGACUAGCCCGAAUGGCACGACGUAUGCCGCGUUGCAGACUUUUGAGAAGUUGAACUUUGCGGAUAUCGUGGAUCAGGCGGUUAAGGCGGCCACGGAUAGAGCUGCGGAGUUGGGUGAAAGCUUGGGAAAGCAGUAAUGUAUGAUAUUUGCCAUGAGGUAUUGGUGUAUGUGAGACGAUAACAAUGCCGUUCUCGGUCUAUUUCGGUG